AUGGAACAUCCCCCAAGGCAAACAAUGAUCAAUCACACGCCUCUUCCACCAGCAACCGCCCCCACGAAAUAUAGGCCAGCCACGAAUCCCGCCAAACUCCAUGUUCGGUUUAGUGGUGGUGGUGAUUUGCGUUACGGUGGCGGCUGGGCCGUCAGUGCGUAUCUGAGUUUCGGUGUUUUCGUGGUGAAGACUCUCCGGGGAAAGGGACAGGUAUGUCUGCUCGUCAACGACCGGAUAUUUCCAGGCAAGGUUGCCGCCGGUGAGUUUAUGUGGUUGGCUGGAAGCUGUGUGGUUGACUUCGGCGAUUAA